AUGAUUUACGAGGAUGCCGGUGUCCUGAAGAUGGCCUCACGCACCCCGUCCCUUGAGUCGCUACCCGGUGCCAACUCUAUAGGUUCGCUGGAGCGUGGCUCCUUAUCACCGCUGACUUUGAGCGGCUCCUCGCCCCCAGCGAGCGACUCCGCCGUAUGUGAUCUUCGCGAAUUCGACGGCCUAGAUACCAUCUGUGCGAUCUGCCGAGAGACAUUUGUCGACCCCAAAGUACUCAAUUGCUUCCAUACGUUUUGCCGGGGUUGCCUGGAACGAGAGCAAACACACCCUGACAAAGUAACUUGCGUCACUUGCCGAGUGGACAGCCAGCUUCCGCCGGCCGGCGUUCCUGGACUUCUAACGAACUUAGUGAUCGCAGCGGCCGUAGAACAGGACGCUGAUCUCUUGCCGAGCGGUCGUCAAACUAACUCGCCGACUGCGCGUUGUACCGGCUGCAAAUCGAAGGAAUCUGACGCCGUAGCGCGCUGCGUAGAUUGCGCCAACUUUCUCUGCCCGAACUGCGUCAUGGCUCAUCAAUUUAUGCACUGUUUCGAAGGCCACAGGGUGCUCGCUUUCACAGAUCUCAAAGACGACAAAGGCCUCCUCACCUCGACGCUUACGGCGAGCGGUGACAAAACUGCAUUCUGCCCGAGACACAAGAACGAUAUCUUGAAAUAUUUUUGCCGCACUUGCUCAGUACCAGUGUGCAAAGAGUGUACUAUAAUUGAACACCCCGCUGCGCUUCACGAUUGCGAACACUUGUCAGAUGCGGGCCCUAAACAACUAGAACUGAUGCAACAAGCGGUUAACGAAGCUAAAACGCGCGCCACAGAAAUCAGGCACGUAGUGAAAACAGUGGAGCACGCCGCUGGUAAACUGCAAGUACAAUACCACAAAGCUCAAAAUGAAAUUAACGACACCUUCCAAUUCUAUCGCUCUAUGCUAGAAGAGCGCAAGCAAGAAUUAUUGAAGGAACUCGAUAGCGUCUUCUCGACGAAACAGAUCGCUCUGACCGUCGUCGGACAAAAAGCUCAAGAAACCGUCGACAAAAUAUAUCAAACGUGCGAUUUCGUCGAGAGGUUAACUAAGUGCGCAAAUAUUGCGGAAAUAUUGAUGUUUAGAAAAUUAUUAGACACUAAACUGCAAUCACUGAUGAGUACCAAUCCUGAACAGAGCGUGCAAACCGCCUGCGAACUUGAAUUCGUCUCUAAUUACCAGGCCAUUCAAGUCGGUGUAAGGAACACUUUUGGCUACGUACGCUCUAGCUCCGAAUCGAACGUCGGCCCUACCAAGCAACCGCCUAUCGCGCGCCCCACUAAUGGUUCUCUUUUGAACGGAGGAUCCUCUUCGAGCAGUAGCAGCGUCAAUGGAAGCUCUGGAAGCCUCAAUGGCGGAAUACACCUCCCUACUGGAUUAAACGGUGUUCUAGACCGGCCUUACACAAAUGGUUUACUGGGUCCGGCUAGUCAGUCCACGUCCCCGUUCGAUACGAAUAUCAUUUCGAAAAGAUUCACAAGCGGCAGCACGCUCGGACCAUUUUCCUCUGCUAUUGGAGACAUAAAUUUAAACGGAAUAAAUCCUUACGAAAAGUGGUCAAAUGGAGGAUGUGACUCCUUAUUCCCUCCGGCCACCUCGGAUCCCUACUCGCUCUCCGCUGCCACUCAUUCUGACCCCAUUUUAGACUUGACAAACAAGUUAAUAUCGACUGCCAUAUAUCCUCCAAAGUCACAAAUUAAGAGACAAAAAAUGAUAUAUCAUUGUAAAUUUGGUGAAUUCGGAGUCAUGGAAGGGCAAUUCACAGAACCGAGCGGUGUCGCCGUGAACGCCCAGAACGAUAUCAUCGUCGCCGAUACGAACAACCACCGUAUCCAAAUUUUUGACAAAGAGGGUCGUUUCAAGUUCCAAUUCGGCGAAUGCGGUAAACGCGAUGGACAGCUCUUGUACCCUAACAGAGUUGCCGUCGUGCGCACGUCGGGCGAUAUCAUCGUCACAGAGAGAUCGCCGACACAUCAAAUACAAAUCUAUAACCAGUACGGCCAAUUUGUUCGAAAAUUCGGAGCGAACAUUCUUCAGCAUCCGAGAGGCGUCACCGUCGACAACAAAGGAAGAAUUGUCGUCGUGGAAUGUAAAGUGAUGCGCGUCAUUAUUUUCGAUCAAGUCGGAAACGUGCUCCAGAAAUUCGGAUGCUCUAAACAUCUAGAGUUCCCCAACGGGGUCGUCGUCAAUGACAAACAGGAGAUAUUCAUAAGCGACAAUCGUGCGCAUUGCGUUAAGGUAUUCAACUAUGAAGGGAUUUACCUGCGCCAAAUAGGAGGCGAGGGAGUCACCAACUACCCUAUCGGCGUCGGCAUCAACGCCGCUGGAGAAAUUCUAAUCGCCGACAAUCACAACAAUUUCAACCUCACGAUAUUCACGCAAGACGGGCAACUGGUGUCCGCCCUGGAAAGCAAAGUGAAGCACGCGCAGUGCUUCGACGUAGCGCUCAUGGACGACGGUUCGGUGGUGCUCGCCAGCAAGGACUACCGCCUUUACAUCUAUCGUUACGUGCAAGUGCCGCCGAUCGGCAUGUGA